GAACUGUCUCUUCACUAUUGAGAAGUGAGAACUCUUUCUCUCUGUCUGUCGCGCGAAGUGAAGAAAAAAUUCCAUAUCUCUAGCUUCAUGUCCACGAAUCCAUCGGCACACGGCACACCUUCCAAGAAAAAAUUCCAUAUUCCUUAACUCGUGAUUUUUGUUUUUGCUAAAUUUCUUUUAACGUUUGUAGAAGAAAUUUUCUGAGCAAGUUUUGCGUUCAAGGUGAUUGAUGAAAUGCCUGAUUGAAUUUUUGUCCACAUUGUUAGGUUGUUAUUGGACUUUGGCUGGAUUUUUGUUAUCGUUCUUGUGAGUGUCUGUGUUGUUUAAGCAAUCCUUUUGAUUUGGAGAUGAUCUUUUGUUCCUGAUUUUUGCUGGGCCAAUUGAUUAUAAGGUUCAAACGAUUUGAGAUGGGCGUGGGUAGAAGGAUUCAAGUGGAAAUUUUGGUGAUGGAAUACUGCAACUUUGAGCUUAAUGUUCAAACUGGUGUAAUGGAUUUUGAUCGAAAUAUUGAUUAGGUUAAGUUUUGGAGUGGAAUGAGUUCUGCUGUCCUUCCUAAACAUGUAGCCGCCGUCAUAAGAUACCAGAAAGACCCAUUAAGGGCUCUGGAGAUGUUUAAUACGGUGAAGAAGGAAGAUGGCUACAGACACACUUUGUUAACUUAUAAAUGCAUGGUUGAAAAGCUUGGUAGCUAUGGGGAGUUUGAGGCCAUGGAGAAUAUUGUGGCGGAGAUGAGGGAAGAAUUUGAUAACAGGUGGUUGGAAGGAGUGUACAUUUGUGUCAUGAGAAAUUAUGGGAGGAAAAGGAAGAUUCAAGAAGCCGUCAAUGUGUUUGAGAGGAUGGACUUUUAUAAUUGUGAGCCGACAGUUUUUUCGUACAAUGUUAUUAUGAAUAUUUUGGUGGAAAAUGGGUAUUUUAAUCAGGCCCAUAAAGUUUAUAUGAGACUGAAAGAUAAAGGGAUUGCACCUGAUGUAUAUACAUAUACAAUUAGGAUAAAAUCAUUUUGUAGAACAAAUCGGCCGCAUGCUGCUCUCAGGCUUCUGAAUAACAUGCCUUCUCAGGGAUGCAAGUUUAACUCGGUAACAUACUGUACAGUGAUAAGUGGAUUUUAUGAAGGCGAUUAUAGAAUGGAAGCCUAUGGUUUGUUUGAUCAGAUGCUUAGGCUUGGGAUAGUCCCUAAUGUUGCUACGUUUAAUAAGCUAUUACAUACACUUUGUAAGAAGGGAGAUGUAAAAGAGAGUGAAAUACUACUAGAUAAGGUUCUUAAAAGGGGUGUGUUUCCAAAUUUAUUCACGUUUAACAUCUUCAUCCAAGGUCUUUGCAAGAAAGGCUUGCAUGAUGAGGCUGCCAGGAUGUUGGAUGGUGCGAUGGGAGAAGGUCUUUGUCCUGAUGUUGUGACAUAUAAUACACUUAUAUGUGGCUUGUGCAAGAACUCAAAAGUGGUGGAAGCAGAGAAUUACAUGAAUAAAAUGGUCAAUAGUGGUCUGAAGCCUGAUGCUUUCACAUACAAUACAAUUAUUGAUGGAUACUGCAAACUGAAUAUGGUGCAAAAGGCAGACAAGAUUCUUCUUGAUGCACAAUUUAGAGGGUUUGUGCCCGACGAGUUCACAUACUGUUCCUUAUUGAAUGGGUUGUGUGAGGAUGGUGACAUAGACAGGGCCAUAAGCAUAUUUAGUGAAGCUGCUGGAAAAAGAGUAAAGCCUAAUGUUAUUCUCUACAACACUUUAAUUAAAGGAUUGUGUAGACAGGGACUAAUUUUCGAAGCAUUGCACUUGAUGAAUGAGAUGCAGCAAAAUGGUUGCAGUCCUGAUAUCUGGACCUAUAAUUUAGUUAUAAAUGGCAUGUGCAAGAUGGGCUGUUUAGCUGAUGCAAGUACUGUUAUGAAUGAUGCUAUCACCAAAGGGUUUCUUCCAGACAUAUUCACCUUUAAUACUUUGAUUGAUGGUUACUGCAAACAGUUAAAGAUGGGUGAGGCACUUGAAAUUGUCAACACCAUGUGGGAGCAUGACAUUACUCCAGAUAUCAUCACAUAUAACAUCAUAUUGGAUGGGCUCUGCAAGUGUUCGAGUUCUGAUAAUGUAUUGGAAACUUUCAAAGCAAUGAUGGAGAAGGGUUGUAUACCCAAUGUUAUUACUUAUAACAUACUCAUAGAGAGUUUUUGCAAAGCUCGAAAACUGGCGAUAGCUGUAGAGUUUUUUACUGAGAUUCAGCAAAGUGGUAUGCAUCCAGAUACGGUAACUUUUGGUACCUUGAUCAAUGGUUUUUGUGAAAAUGGGGAUUUAGAUGAAGCCUAUGUAUUGUUCAGAAGGAUGGAAAAACAGUAUAAACUUUCCCCUACAUUAGCAACAUAUAAUAUCCUGAUCAAUGCAUUUUCCGAAAGGUUGAGUAUGGAUAUGGCGGCAAAACUAUUCCAUGAAAUGGGUGAUAGUGGCUGUCCACCAGAUAACUACACUUACCGCUGUAUGAUAGAUGGUUUCUGCAAAACUGGAAACAUUGAUUCUGGAUAUCGCUUUCUUCUUGACGACAUUAUGAAAGGGUUCAUCCCAUCACCAACAACAUUUGGACGAGUGCUGAAUUGCCUAUGUGUGAAGCACAGAUUGCGUGAGGCAGUUGAAAUCAUACACCUUAUGGUGCGCAAGGGUGUUGUCCCUGAAGCUGUGAACACGAUCUUUGAAGCUGACAAGAAACAAGUUGUAGCACCUAAGAUAGUUGUUGAAGACUUGUUGAGGAAGUCACAUAUAACUUAUUAUGCCUAUGAACUCUUGCAUGAAGCUAUUAGAGAUAAGAAUCUGUUAAAGAAAAAGCAUGGUUCUAGAAAUGGCCACUCUUAACUAUUCAAAAGUUUCAAUGGGAACUGAGAGAUGUGCCUCUGGCGUUAUUUUACUGGAGAUUGCAUCAUGGGACAUUGAUGAAGAGUAACUGCUUAUGUCAUGGAUUUUUGUGGAUGGUGAAGAAAUCUAUCAACAGUUCCGCUGCUGGUUGUAUAGGUCAAUACGAAGGGUUUGGAUGGUCUUUAAGGACCUAUAUAUGUUGGAACUGGAUGUGUCUUUAGAAGGCAAGCUCUCUACGGAUAUGAUGCUCCAGCCAAGAAGAAACCACCUAGCAAGACUGUAACUACUGGCCCAAGU